AUGUUAAAUUCCGUCUCUAAUCUUUCAAUUUGUUUGUACCGAUGGUUGCAGAAGACGGUUUCUGUCCAUGGAGCAGUCAAAACUGAACAAUUAUCGCUUCUUCAAUGCCAUUCUUCUCCAAAUCUACAUACAAGAUGCCAUUUGAUCUGGUUUGAUAUACAGUUUCCUUAUAGAAGCAACAUGGCAUUAGGAUCAAAAAAAGGGUGGAAAUCAAUAGUUCCCCUCCAUUUGAAAGCAAAAUCAGCUCCGCGAUUUUGUUUAUUCGCCAAAGCAAAGUCGGCCAAUUUUGGUCCUGGGAAUACUCCGGUUUAUCUCAAUGUGUAUGACUUGACACCAAUGAAUGGUUAUGUCUAUUGGGCUGGCCUCGGUAUUUUUCACUCCGGUGUGGAAGUUCAUGGUGUAGAGUAUGCAUUCGGAGCUCAUGACUAUCCUUCUAGUGGCGUGUUCGAAGUUGAACCCCGACAAUGCCCGGGUUUUAAGUUUAGGAAGUCGAUAUUCAUUGGGACGACAUGCUUGGACAGCACCCAGGUUAGGGAUUUCAUGGAACGUCAAGCUGCAAGUUACAAUGGCGAUACAUAUCACUUGAUCGUCAAGAACUGUAACCAUUUCUGCAAGGACAUAUGUUACAAGUUGACAGGGAAAAGAAUUCCAAAAUGGGUAAAUCGACUGGCGAAAUUAGGCUCGGUCUUCAAUUGCGUGUUACCCGAAGCCCUUAAAAUUACUGCGGUGCAACACGACCACAAAUGCCAAGCAUACGACGAUAGUGAAAAGAGAAGGCUAAGAAGUACUUUCAGUUGUCUGUCCUCAAUCUCAAUGAGACAGAGGCAAUUGUCAACUUCUUCCUUGUUUCUACAGUCACCAUUAAAAGGAUGCUUACCACCUUGGGAAUUGAGAAGGUCGAUGAGUGGCUCGCUCAAGGUAAGGGAAGUAUUUGGAAUGUCAAGAUCAGUUCGACCAGAGAGAAACAACUUCUUGACUUCAAAAGCAAGCAAAGCAUGA